AUGGUUGUACUAGGGAAAUACGUAAGAAUUGGAGUUGAUAUUAAGUUUUAUAACGAUGUUCCGUAACUGGAGCAUUGCAAUCUCUGUGAUAACUAUUAUGGUACUAGCCAUACUGGUUACGUUUGGGAAGAUUUUUGUCUGCCUUAUACUAGCCGUAUUGGUUAUGCCUGGGCUCUCCCUCCUACUAAAGAUAUAAUGAAGAGAAAUUCGUUCAAAGCGGGUGAUCUUGUUUGGGCUAAAAUGAAAGGGCAUCCAACUUGGCCAGCAACAAUUAUGAAGUCGUCGGAUAAAUUAGUUAAUAUACCGAAGGGACGUUAUUCAGUGUUAUUUUUUGGUACUUAUGAAACUGGUAUAAUCAAGCAGAAUGAUAUUUACGAUUAUUUGAAAUAUCGCAGUUUUUUUAGUACACCGAAAAAGCAGAAGGGUUUUAUGGAAGCUUUAGAACAAAUUCAAGAGGCUUAUACUAAACUGAGAGAACAAAAAUCCAAAUUUUCUCAUCAAAAUCAAGGAAAAAAAAGAACUCGUAGUGUUACGUGUUCGAAAUUAGAUUUUAAACGCUUUACUCAUCUGUCUGAUAGAAGACGUACGCGAAGUCAAUCAUCGAGGAGUUCUUCUCCUGUUACUUUUGUUGCAAAUUUUUUAAAAGAUAGAAAAGAAUGUAAUAUAUUGGGAAGGCCAAAUAUGCCUGGAAGUCCAUGUUCAGAAACAUUAAAUAAAUCCAACGGUAAUAUUUCGUCAUCUUCAAGGCGAAGGACUAGAAGCGAGCUUUCUAAUUAUUCUAUUUCGCCCGUUCGUUGUGCGAGUAAUGAAAGGAAAAGGCAUGAUAAUAUUCCAGUUAGUGGAUCAACACUUAGUGCACUUGUUGGAAAUGAUCCAAUGCUGUAUGAAGCAACCAAAUAUUUUGAUGAUGUAUUCAAUGAUGAUGAUGGAAUUUUCGAAGCAACUUCUAGGAAAUCUUCUGUCUCAAAAACAUCAGAUGAUUUUAAGAUUUUUUUUGGAAAACGUCGUCGUUCAUCUAGCGGAUCAUCUAGUGGAAGAUCGAGGCAUGCAUCAAUGACAGCAGAUUUUAUUCUCGGUGAAUGCUUUAAUUUUACCGCGGAGGAUGAUUUUUUUAGACCUUUAACACCCGAAAUACCACCUCCAUUGCCUCCUCAACCGAGAGAUUGUCGUUUUUGUGGUUGCACUUGUCAAAUAAUCAGUGAUUCAUACAGGCUUGUUAAUUUAUGCACGAAUAAGGCCUGUUUAGAAGACAAUGGAAAAUGUGAUCUUUUUAAUGAAAAUAAUUCAUGGUUCGAUAUUACGGAAACUUCAAAUAAGAAUCUUCUGUUUCCAAAUAAGGAUUUGUCCACUGAAGAUGCGUUAAAAGCGAGAAAGAAUCAUAUGAGCAAUUCAUUUUUGUCAAGUGAAUCUUUUGAAAGCAAUUUAGUUGGUAAGAAUGCUCUUCAUUCAAAGCAGUCUUACGAUUUGAGAUCAGUCAAUAAAAAGUCAGUGCUUCAAUUAGAUCCAUCUGCAAUAUUCCUUCAUAAAUUGGUGUCAAGUCCUAAUGAAGCAAAUUCAUCAGUGCAUCGAGCUUUAUCUAAAGAUAAGGAUAACACCACUGCAAAAAAGUCUCGAAUACAGCGGAGCAAUAUAAGGCCGAAAACCUAUAAAGUGGAAAAAACGCCUGAUCUUAGAGAAGAUGGCAAAAGAUAUUGCAUACUUUGUAAUGGCCAGGUUCGACCGCAGAUGUGCGGUGGGAGCAGGCACAGGUGGCGGUGCGUUAAUAAAUCAUGUAGAAAAUGGUAUGGUUGGGUCAGGGAAGGUGAAGAAAUUCCUAAGGAUUUGGGGAAGAAAGGUCGUUGGAAAGAUCUCCCAUUCAACAUAAAAACAAGGCAUUCUCCACCAAUAUACGAUUUUUUAAGUCAGGCGCAUUCUUCAGUGAUGAAUUGCAAGAAGCAGGAUAUAUCGCAAAAAAACAUUCCAAAAAAGAAAUGCGCUCGAAGAGAAUUAUUUCUAACGCAGCCCAUUUGCACUCUCGAAAAACGAUGCAGAUGGUGGCUUUCCGAACAAAAGUUGUAUAAUGAUAUUGAAAUAGAAUCCUCCAAAAGUGUCUUAGAUGUAGCAGCAACUUGUUUUGCAGUAGCGCGGGCGUUACGUACAGCAACAAAUGAAAUAACAGAGGAAGGAAAUGCAGAUUCUUCCGCAUUAGAUUUGCUUAUGGAUACUUAUUAUAGUACAGUUGGUCCAAUCUUAUCGCUUCUUAUCAACUUGCCUUUUUUCGGGAGUGAACGUGAUUUUGAAGGUUUAUGGUUAUGUGGUAUUCCUCAUACACCUAUUGUCAUCCAAGAUUCAUAG